GAACAAAAAGCCAAUGAAGGAAAAACGCAUAACUGAAUCGACGAAACUGAGGCAAAACCUACAUAGGGAAGGUUGCCCCAAUAUCAGCAUGCUUCCCAUUGCACUGCACUCAUCCCAUGCGAAUUAAGCUUUCCGAUUCGGCUAUAUAAAAGAUAUGGGAGGGUGGCAGUUGUUAUCGAUUUUGUGGUCUGAUUUAAUUGUUGACGGUACUUGCACUCACCUUCCUUUGUUGAGAUGAGCAAAAUGAGGGGACUCUGGAUAUUUUUUGGAAGCAGAAUGGUGGUCAUCAGUACAAUCCCUUUUGGACCUAAAAAACAACACCUGGUUUGAUUGUCACCUUGGGUCGCACAGUUAUUACUACCCUUCUCUUGUGAAUUGGUCGAAUAUAUGCUCCAACUAUGGAUAAUAUGAAGAAAGAUGAACCCCAAAAUCGGAAGCAAGAUGAACUUGCUGAAUCGCUUGAUGGUCUAUUCAGUAGCGUUUCCACCAUGAUCAAAUCAGAGCUUCAGGGGACAAAUAAUCAUCUAGAGCUCUUGGAGAAGAUGAAUGUAAGAGUAGCAGAAGAGUACAAAGGGUUUGGUGACUUGGCUUCAGGGUUGAGGGUUUUUGUGGAGCAGUUGAAAUGCAAGAGUGGUAGCUUUAACGAGUAUGUCGAGCAGAUUGAUAGCAUUGAGAAGCAGGUAACUGAGUUUGAAGCUGUGGUCUCUAUGCUUGAUAAGUACAUCGUGUUGUUGGAAUCAAGAGUGCAAUCUGUGUACCAAACCAAAAUCCAUCUUCCCAGUCAACAAUGAUGUAAAUUUUUUACUUUUCAUGAUACAUUUACCUUGUUUCCUUGUCUCAAUUCAAAGAAUUGCUAGAUUUACAAUCUUGA